AUGAUAAUAAGCCUCUCGUGGCCCUUGCUAUUCACUAGAACCUUGCUGUAUGCAGCUGUGCUGCUGGCGUCUAUUUUCCUUGUUCUGCUGCCCUGGUCAAUCGUUUCCUUUUGGUAUUUUUACAAUCGCUUAAUUCCAACGCCCAUUUACGAACAGACGUUCCAGCUGAACUACGAGCUGCGUGAACGCGGGCCGUACCAGAUAUUCAACGCGGCGGAUUUUUUUGUGCAUCUCGCCGCAGUGAAAAACGACGAUUUGUUCAACGACCCGGUGUCGGAAUACGAGUUUUAUAUGUCUUUUGAGACAAAUUGUCUAAGUCCCUCGAAAACCAUUGUUGGAUCCAGAUUUUCGAUUCUCGACGACACCAUCCUGAACGAGGAGCUCAAACCGUGGGAAUUGAACCUGGAACACGUGAGUCUGAAGUCCCAAUUUGUCAAUUUGUGGCCAAUAACCGACAACCUCAAAAGAUCGCUGCAAUUUUCCUCGAACUCCAACAGACCGCAUAGCAUCGACUGGCAAUGGCCGCGUUCCCGUUCUUUUUGCAACGAGCAAAAACCCGUUGUUGAUCCUCCCUCGAGCUCGUGGAAGUUUUGGAAUAGCCAUAAAAAUACACAAAUAGAAGGAGGAGGAGGCGAGGUGGUUCCUGGCAUGGGCAUCUACUUUGUCAAUACACAAUACUUCACGCUCGAUUGCAAAGAGAACCACUCGUUUUUGCCUCCUCUGAUAGAGAAACACGUGGCUCCACCUGAACUCGCGAGUAAAUUGCAUUACUCACCAACUCAUAAACUUCACCUGCUGUCGCUACAGCCGCCUGCCCAGUCGCUCGUGUGGCCAACAUCAGACUACAAAAACAUCUUGGAAAGUUCCAGACACAUGAAGUUCGUGCUGGAGUUCAACCAGAACCAGGCAUAUCUAGAAAACGCAAGAUUGCAGGUGGUGUUGAAAUAUAGUGGUCUCCGGUGGUACUUGGCCCAAUAUCCUAAGCUUUCUUUUAUUAUUGGAGUUCUCCUCUGCUGGACAGUGAGCUCUGUCGUCUGUGUUGCUGUGAGUGCAUUUUUGUUCUCAUACUACAAAAAGAAAAUGCCACCGAUCAAACAGGACGAAGCGAUGACAAACUUAGACUCGCUACUAAAAAGUGUCGAGCACUAA